ACUCACAACCCUCUCUCUCAGCUCAGUGUGUGAACCAAGUUUCCAGCGUCUCCGCCAUCCCGCUCCGUGCAACUUUUAUUUAUUUAUUUCCACUUGAAAUGAGCUCACUCGGCGACCCGGGACGGCGCUUAUGCGGGAGUAGGGAGUCGUGAUAGCGGGUCCGGUCCGCUCCGGUCCGCGGGCUGAAUAUGGGUCAGACCGCCGUGUCUGCCGUGUCUCAGAGCGUUGAUGGCCUGGAAAAACCUUCUGUGGCCAGCUGUGACGUGACGGUGGACAAUGCCUCCAGUACCCAGAAUGCCCACGCAUCACGACAGCAGCGAGGCAAGCUGUCCUCACUGGGAAAACUGUUCAAACCUUGGAAGUGGAGGAAGAAGAAGACGAGCGACAGGUUCCAGGAUCUUUCCAAAGUUCUGGAGAGAAAAAUCUCCACCAGACAAACAAGGGAGGAACUCAUAAAGAAAGGAGUUCUCAUCGCUGAACAAGAUGAACCGAUAAGUACAGAAAAUCUGAAUGGCCACGCAACGUCAGAGGAGGUGAAAGUGGAUAUUGAGUCUGCGGAGCCACAGCUGGAGGAACAAGCCGCCGGGCCAGUUAAUAACGAGGACAAAACAACAGAGAAGAGUGGUACUAAACCCCCUGCCCGGGCAAGACCUCGUGAUAGUCAAGGUAAAAAACAGCAAAGUGCCACUCUGCCAGCCUCCAACAAGCCCGCCGGUGGCUCUGCCACCACAACAAGGCACAAAGACGGUGCCUCGGGAGCUAAAAAGACAACUAAAACCACAGUCAAGACUGGCUCAUCCCAAACAGCCAAAGCUAACGCACGGCACACUAACACCGCUAGUCGAGGGACUGCGAAAUCCUCACAUCCAAAGAAGACAGGGUCUGCAACAAAAACCACCCCCACUUCAACAGCUCGCUCUCGGGCUCCUAAGGACACUGGUGGCGCAGCACAGUCUAGUAGGACAGAUGCAAAGACCAGCCAGAAAUCAGACCCUCCAACUUCUUCCGCUGUACCUCAGAAAACCUCCACAGAGACUCCUAGCCAGCCUGGGGAGAUAAAAUCCCCUCCUGCUUCUUCAGAAAACAAGCCUCUCUCAUCUAAAGCCUCUAGCCGUGAGACAGAGGUAAACCAGGCUGCUUCUCAACACGACCCAGAGCCUAAACCUGCUCCUGAUGGCUCAGCUGCAGGUGAGGAGACUGACAAAGAAGCGGUUCCUAAAACUACAGUCCAGUUCUCCCAUAUCAACUUGGCUACGGAGGAAACAUCCUUCGCAGAGGGAGAGACGGAGAGCAGCCCACAGGGGGAGAAACAGGAAAAGACCAACGGGGAGGGAGGAGAAGAUGCACCAUUAGUCACGGCAGCAGAGGGCGAAGCAGAAACGCCGCAGGGCUCAAGUGUGAAAACGGCGGAGGCGGAGGUGACGGUGAUCCCUGAUAGGCCGAGAGACAGCCAGACCAGCGACUCCGAUUCUGACGGACCCAUACUGUACCGGGAUGAAGAGGAGGAGGAGGAGGACGAUGAAUACACAAACAGUUCUCUGGCCAGCAAGAUCCGCAGACGAGACACGCUGAACAUUAAACUGGGGAACCGACCCAGCAAGAGGGAGCUGGAGGAGAAAAACAUCCUGCCGCGGAGCUCCGAGACGGAAAGACAUGAGCUACGGCAGCAGAUUGGCUCUAAACUCGUCAGGCGGCUGAGCCAGAGACCCACGACAGAAGAGCUGGAGCAGAGAAACAUCCUCAGGCACAAGAAUGAAGCUGAGGAGCAUGAAGCCAAGCAAGAGAUUAAAAGGAGACUCUCCAGAAAGCUGAGCGUGAGGCCUACAGUGGCAGAGCUCGUCGCUCGGAGGAUCUUGCGUUUUAACGAGUAUGUGGAAGUAACGGACGCCAAGGAAUAUGACCGGCGUGCAGACAAACCCUGGACGCGUCUUACUCCUGCCGACAAGGCUGCUAUUCGUAAAGAGCUGAACGAGUUCAAGAGCCGAGAGAUGGAGGUUCACGAAGACAGCAAGCACUUCACCAGGUUCCAUCGACCAUGAGCGGUCCAACGACCACCACCUCCAUCCACCGCUCCCGCCAGUCUCCCCGCCCUCCAGACCUUCACUCCAUUUGUUUCAAAAUCCAGUUGACGUUUUUCACAACGGGCACUCUGGGUUGUCAUAGCAGGGGAGGCUCACGCCUGAUUGAUGCUUUUAAUCACGGCAGUAUUUGACUUAGGUGAGCCAGUUUCAGAGCCGUCCUCGUCAGCGGUUAGCAGGGUCCGUGGUAGAACUGACUCAUCCUCGCUGAUAUUUGCUUCAACUGAGCUUUUCUUGCUAAAGUAAUCCAAAUUAUCCCCCGUGAUGAAGUUCUGUUGGCUCUGACGAUACAUAUUUAUGUAUGUAACGACAGCUACAGGCGUGUCUUAAGGCGUUGGUCGUUUAAAAGGCACAAACUAAGCAUUUGCACAUAUCCAUAGUGAGAUCCGUGGCGCGUAUAGCUCGCUUGUUAGGACAUUUUAUUUAUUGUAGAGUAUCAGAAGCAGUUGGUAGUUUUUGAUUGUUUGUUGGUUAACGUCAGGCAAUUUAAUGAGAGGUUGCAGGAAGGAGAAAUGAGCAAGGUUGUGAAUGUGGCUUCAGUGUGUUAGAGUAUGUGUACUUGCCACGGUAUGCCUUGUUAUAUAACCUGAUAAAUAGCCAUAUAUGGACAUCCUCCUAGACAAGGAAGUGGGGGUAAUUGAUGUUUUCACAGUGAUGUCAGUACCUGUGUCAUCAGUCAGAGGGGAGGAGAGGCCGUUUGUUGUGCUACAACGAGCCUCAGUCUGAAACGCUGCAGUUGAUUUUCAGCCAUAAUUUAAUAAUUCUGUCACUAGAGGGCGCUAUGUCAAAGGAGGUAGAGAAGGGGAUAAGGGCGUAUGCUGUUGCCUUUCAAAUGCUGGAGCUGAAAGAGCUUUGGCCACCUGAGGCUUAAACAGUGAAGUGCUGUGGAAAUGAUCCCCUUCAUGAUCCCCUACACCACCACAUGCCCUGUGCAGUUGUAACAUGCAAACCUCUGUUUUAAAAAAAUGUGCCAGAAAUCAUGUUCAGACAGUCUUCUCUUUUAAAAUGGCUUUUCUUUAUUUGUUCUAGUCUUUUGGCAGGGGCCUCCCUCACAGAGGACUUGGUGCCAAAGAACAAACAGGAAUUUAAUUGUAGAUUACAUUUCUGAAGUAAAAGGUUGAAGUUUAGUUGGGCAAACACAUAUAAAAAUGUUAAGAGAUAAUAGCCGGUACCGGAAGCGUCCGUCUUUAUUAAAGUCUGUGCAGAUAUUAAGGAUGGUGAAAGAAAACGACAAUGUUUACUGAUGUGUAAUUGGCUGCCUGUGAUAUUUAAAAACCAGAUUUCAUGUCGUCUUCACACAUUGCCAAAACAUGCACCUUGAAUCUGGCUAAACCGGUCUCCAUGCAGCUUGUUGAUGAAAUACUGCAAAAGGAGAAGAAUCUGCACCUGCUUCAAAUAAACUGAUGGCAUAUGUACUCUGAAGGAUGUUAAGACUUUCUGAAGUCUGAAAGGAGGAAUUGCCUCCAGAUUUAGUGUUGUGAUUUGUUAUUGGCUUCUAAGUGUCGAGGAAAAAAAUCACAAAGAUGCUCAAGAUGCAUGUUAAUGCAGUGUGUGAAGAGGAGAAAAUAAACUUGUUCUCCUUUCAUGUAAAUGCUUGAAUGUGUGACUGAGCAUCGGUAACCCUCGGUCCCCUGCCCACUUGACUAGAGAGAGGAUGUCUGCAGAUGAGUGAUUGAAGGACUGAAUUUUUGUGUUCCAUUCAUGGAGCCCCAACCUCCACAACACUCUGACAGUCAGGAAGUGAUGAGGACAGAGCUUCUGUCUGCAUCUGAAUGUGCAGUGCUUGUAAAGCAAAUGAUGUACAGGGAUGGAAAAGAACUAACAGUAUUCAAACAUGUCUAUGAUGUUAUAUAUUAUUUUGUACAGAAUGUAUAUCAAGCAUGUGGAUACAAUGAAAUCGGUUUUACUGCAGAUAUAAUACAAUACAACUUUGAUGGAAAUGUUUUAAGUUUUAAUUUUAGUGGUCUUAUUUCAUUUUCUUCUGUCUUUUAAAUAUUGAAAGGAAUGAGGAGCUCAGAGAGAAAUGUUGUUUUAUAGGUCAAAUAUCAAAACUGGGUCUUAAAUCGGUCACUUGGACCAGUAAGUAAAUAGAGGUGACUGUUAUUUUAAUGGCUACAUACAUAAUCUCCUUGGUGCUUUACGAGUUGGCACGAUGGGCCAAGCUCUUAAUAAAAUGAAAUAAUCAUGGCGUGUUCUCUAAAUAUUAAUGAAAUGCUUCAAAAACUUUAGCAUAAAGCAUAACCGUCUCCCACAUGGUUCUGCCUCUUUUAAAGUCUGUGCUACGGCUUAACAUGACCUCCGAGGUAGAGACGGUGACGGGGAAGCUGGGUAAUCCUCUGAUCUGGACCUGUGAUGUCUCAAAACCCGGCAAACACUGAAGUUACAUUUUCAAACCCAGGUGGUUGCAAAAUAUCAAGAUUGUUUCUGAUCUGUAAGUCGUUCAGGCAUUCAAACUUGAUCCCCCUCCCAGAUGAAACACAACUGCAUGUAUUUUAUUCCACUGUAUUUAGCAUUUGCAUUGACAUAUGUUUUUAAACUGUGACAGAGCAGCUAAAUUAAUAUACAGGUUCCUUUGAAUUAAAGACGUUCUGAACUUUC